ACCGGAAAUAAAAACAAAGGCAGCAAUGCGAUACGAGCCAAGGACUUGGAAAACGGACGAGAGAGAGGAGAAAGGCGCGUCGGGAGACAGGGCACGGGGCUCUGCACAGGUUCCCGAGGCCGCCGCGCGUCUCCUCGCGAAGCAUGGCGAUGAAGGCCGUGUGCGUGCUGAAGGGCGACGGCCCGGUGAAGGGCACCAUCCACUUCGAGCAGAAGGCAAGUGGUGAACCAGUUGUGGUGUCGGGACAAAUUACAGGACUGACUGAAGGCCAGCAUGGGUUCCAUGUUCAUCAGUUUGGGGAUAAUACACAAGGCUGUACCAGUGCAGGUCCUCAUUUCAAUCCUCACUCCAAGAAACAUGGCGGACCAGCGGAUCAAGAGAGGCAUGUUGGAGACCUGGGCAAUGUGACUGCUGGAAAGGAUGGUGUGGCCAAUGUGGCCAUUGAAGAUCCUAUGAUCUCACUCAUAGGAGAGCAUUCCGUCAUUGGCCGAACAAUGGUGGUCCACGAGAAAGAAGAUGACCUGGGCAAAGGUGGAAAUGAUGAAAGUACAAAGACUGGAAACGCUGGGAGCCGCUUGGCUUGUGGCGUGAUUGGGAUUGCCCAGUAAACAUUCCCUGUGUGGCCGAGUCUCAGAUCAUCUGCCAUCCUGCUAAACUAGAGAGAAAACCAUUAAACUGUAAUAUUAAAAAUGUAA